UCAGGGAUAAGCAUUUCUUCUUCAAAGUGACUGCUUUGAGUUUGAGCAACUCCGUCCUGCAAAUUCAGCUCUCUUAUGAUGGGGAGAUCUUGGAUACGCAUUCUGGGUAUUCUGCUACUAUUCUGCGUUGUUUCUAUGUCAGAAGCAGAAUACUUGAAGUAUAGAGACCCAAAGCAGCCCCUAAAUAUUAGAGUCAACGAUUUACUAAAGCGAAUGACUCUAGAGGAAAAAAUUGGACAGAUGACUCAGAUUGAACGGACUAAUGCCACACAUGAAGUUAUGAAGAAGUACUUCAUAGGGAGUGUGCUGAGCGGAGGUGGGAGUGUUCCAGCCCCACAGGCAUCCCCUGAGACAUGGGUCCAAAUGGUGAAUGACAUCCAAAAUGGAGCUUUGUCUACCCGCCUUGGGAUUCCGAUGAUUUAUGGAAUAGACGCAGUUCAUGGCCACAACAAUGUCUACAAUGCCACCAUUUUUCCUCACAAUGUUGGGCUUGGAGUUACCAGGGAUCCCGUUCUCAUAAAAAAGAUUGGAGAGGCAACAGCCCUUGAAGUUCGAGCUACUGGAAUACAAUAUGCUUUUGCCCCAUGCAUUGCAGUUUGCAGAGAUCCAAGAUGGGGACGAUGCUAUGAAAGUUACAGUGAGGACCCUAACAUCGUCAGAACAAUGACUGAAAUUAUACCUGGUUUGCAAGGAGACAUCCCUGGCAAUUCCAGAAAGGGAGUUCCCUUUGUUGCUGGAAAGAACAAGGUUGCAGCCUGCGCCAAGCACUUCUUGGGAGAUGGUGGAACGAACAAGGGUAUUAAUGAGAACAAUACUUUGAUAAGUUUCAAUGGAUUGCUCAGCAUUCAUAUGCCAGCAUACCUUGACUCCAUCAUCAAGGGUGUUUCAACAGUAAUGAUCUCCUAUUCUAGCUGGAACGGGAAGAAGAUGCAUGCUAAUAAGGAUCUUGUCACUGGUCUCCUCAAGAACAAACUGCGGUUCAGGGGAUUUGUCAUAUCAGAUUGGCAGGGUAUUGACAGGAUUACCUCACCUCCUCAUGCUAAUUACACAUACUCCAUUGUAGCUGGUGUUAGUGCCGGAAUUGAUAUGAUCAUGGUUCCCUACGACUACACCGAGUUCAUUGAUGACCUAACGUAUCUAGUGAAGAAAAACUUUAUCCCCAUGAGUCGGAUUGAUGAUGCCGUGAGUAGAAUCUUGAAAGUAAAAUUUAUCAUGGGUCUAUUUGAGAAUCCUCAUGCUGACUUAAGCCUGGCCAACCAACUGGGUAGCAAGGAACAUAGAGAGCUAGCUAGGGAAGCCGUGAGGAAAUCACUUGUGUUGCUAAAGAAUGGCAAAUCUUCUGAUAAGCCUGUUCUUCCCCUACCCAAGAAAACUGGAAAAAUAUUAGUUGCUGGAAGCCAUGCUGACAACUUGGGCUAUCAAUGUGGGGGAUGGACAAUCACCUGGCAGGGGCUUGGUGGCAAUAAUCUCACAGUGGGUACCACAAUUCUUGAUGCCGUGAAACAAACAGUUGAUUCCGAGACAGAAGUGGUAUACAAUGAGAACCCGGACGGAAACUUUCUCAAGUCCAACAAGUUUUCCCACGCCAUCGUGGUUGUUGGGGAACACACUUAUGCAGAAACAUAUGGUGACAGUUUGAAUCUGACGAUAGCAGAGCCAGGUCCAAGCACCAUCAACAACGUUUGUGAGUCUGUCAAAUGCAUAGUUGUUCUCAUCACUGGGCGCCCAGUUGUGAUAGAGCCAUAUCUGUCAAAAAUAGAUGCUCUUGUGGCUGCAUGGCUUCCUGGGACUGAAGGCCAAGGCGUUGCAGACCUUCUGUUUGGUGAUUAUGGGUUCACUGGGAAGCUGGCUAGAACCUGGUUCAAGACAGUGGACCAACUUCCGAUGAAUGUUGGUGACAAGCAUUAUGAUCCUCUCUUCCCAUUUGGGUUUGGCUUGACUACACAACCUAAGAAGUACUAAGCACUUCAUAUGAGAUUUCUCCUUCGAGAUAUUAUGGUUGCCCGAUGUAUUAUUCAUUCCAUUCCACUCCCGUUUUAGAGGAGGUCGUUGCCAUUGUCGUGUAUAGGAACGCUUCAAUUUUAAGAUUCACGACUGGAAUGAUCAUAAUAUGCCUUGGCUUUUUUUAUUUGCAGUCAUUGUGUUCUCAAUGUUUGUUCAUUAUAAAUUUAGAAAUAAAAAAAUAUGA